GAGGGCCUCACAUCCGAAGAGGGGGCUCUAGAGGGAAAUGAGGUUCAGGGAAGGUUUCCAUAGGAAUUGGGUGCUUAGAGAUGGGUCUUGGCAGGGGGUCCAAGGUGUCAUCUCCAAACUCUGUGCCCGGCUGUUGCCGUCGGGUUUCUUCUCCGCAGCUCCCACGAUCCUGGCAGAUGUGCAGCCCUCGGACCCUGUCAUGCAGGAGGAGAUCUUCGGGCCCAUCCUGCCCAUCGUUGUCGUGGCCAACAUGGAUGAAGCCAUUGACUUCAUCAACGCGCGGCCGCGACCCUUGGCCAUCUACGCCUUCUCCUGUGACAGCAAGGUGGUGAACCAGGUCCUGGAGCGGACGAGCAGCGGCGGCUUCUGCGGCAACGACACCCUGAUGCACGUGUCGCUGACCUCGCUGCCCUUCGGAGGGAUUGGGAACAGUGGCCUGGGAAGAUACCACGGGAAGUUCACCUUCGACACCUUCUCCCACCACCGGGGCUGCCUGCACCGGAGCAUGGGGCUGGAGGCCAUCAACGCCCCGCGCUACCCGCCCUACACCCAGCAGAAACUGGGGCUCCUCACGGCCGCCUUCGAGGUCAAGCGCAGGGGCACCUGCACUCUGCUCUGAGGGUCCCACGUCCUGCUCCGAGGGUCCCCACGCACGGAGUCGGUGUGGAGAACCAGGACUGCCCCCCGAUCCUCACCGUGUCCUUUCCCUCGCUGGAGCGCGUUGGACAGCCGGGAUGGAUGCCCCCUCCUGCACGCUUGUGGCCUCUGCUCUGGACCAUUUUCCAGGAUGCAGCUGAAAUGGCCCAGAAACUUUUUCCUCUUCCUGGUGGAGAAAUGGUCCCAUCAGCCCCAUCUCCCAUCACAUGGACCUUUCCUUGGGGAUGAUCCUCCUUCUCCUCACUGUCGCUCUUUCCUCCAUGUAACUCUGCCUAUAGUAAAGACUUUGCAUUGAGCUCUC